GAAAACAUCACCUGGAGAACGGGCAUCCAGAGCUCUUUCAGCAGCUCAUGGUGUGGAAAGGAGAUCUGAAGGGUGUCCUCCAGGCAGCUGCUGAGAGGGGAGAGCUGACAGACCAGCUGGUAGCAAUCUCGCCCAUGGUUGGAUAUCAGGCCUGGGUUUGGACAGUGGAAGCCUUUGCGAAGCAACUGUGUUUUCAGGAGCAAUAUGUGAAGGCUGCCUCCCAUCUCCUCUCCAUCCAUAAAGUGUAUGAGGCUGUUGAGCUCCUGAAAGUGAACCAUUUUUACAGGGAAGCAAUUGUAAUUGCUAAGGCCAGGUUGCGUCCAGAAGAUCCAAUUCUGAGAGAUCUUUACACCAGUUGGGCAGCUCUGUUAGAGAAAGAUGGUCAUUAUUCCAUGGCCGCCAAAUGUUAUUUGGGGGCUUCCUCACCCUAUGAUGCAGUUAAGGUGUUGGCAAAAAAGGGGGAUGUGACGUCCCUGAAAACUGCUGCUGAACUUGCGCUGAUAUCUGGAGAAGAGGAGUUAUCAGCAACUUUGUCUUUCAGAUGCGCCCAAGACCUGCUGUUAUCCAGGAACUGGGUGGGAGCUCAGGAAGUCCUUCAGCAACACAAAACUUUAUUUGGACAAAGACUUGUUUUCUGCCUUAACGAACUGCUUUGCAAGUGCCUUAGCGAAAGAAAUCCCUAUGACCGAAAGAGCUCCGUGCCUCCCUGUUACCACAGCUGGGAGCUGAACAGAGAGGCCUCAUUUUUUGACAUGGUGAUAGAAGUGUGGCAGAAUGUUCUGGGCAUGGACACCACUGAACGAGCCACACAUGCACAGGAGCAGCUGCGCAGUGUUGAGCAUCCUCCUUCUACCAGCAACACACACCCAAAGCAGGUGCUUUUCCAUAUCUCCCAUGACCUGACCCUUGCUGCUCUGAGCUAUCAGACAGCUACCUGGGAUGAGGCAGUGAAAAGCAUUCUUGGAGCUGUGACCCGCAGUUAUGAUGCUGGUAAUUUCACUCUGAUGCAGGAGAUCUGCAGUAUCAUCCUUCCUGAAGGCUGUGAUAACCUGAGACACAAGCUGGACAGCACAAGUUCUCAGAGCAUGGACCCUUGCAGAAGUUUAGAGGGCUUUGUGGCUUACGGACUGCUGUAUGACCUGUGGUGGAACUCUCUUGUCUUGCAAAAGGCUAGUUUGGAUCCUGUGCUGUGUCCCAGUGAGCAGCCAGCUCCUGAGAAGAGUUGUGUUUCAGGUCAGUCCUCCUCUGAAGAAACUCCUAAUCAAACUGCAGUUGAGACAGAUGAAAAUCUCUGCAACAUAACUGAAGUUUGUGAGACAGAAAGUGACUCAAGAGCUUGCUCAGUUGGUUUGGUAGACAGAGAGUCAAAACUGAAUGGCUGCAAAGUGCUUCUUUCGGAUGAGAUGGCUGCUUUACAGAACACCCAGAGAGAUAUAGCUGAGGUCCAGCAGAUUUUAGCAGAUAUGAUCCGCCAGCAUCAGCAGCAGAGGAACAGUCUCCAGGAAAACACAAAUGGAAGCACCCCGGAAAGCAACCUGCAGCAGAGUUCAGAGACUGAAUCAGGCAAACCAUGCUCUGACGACAACCAGAUGAAUUGUAAAGAUGAAGUAAAGGAACCAAUUACACUCCCUGAGCUAACGAAGCAGCUUCUGAAAGCAAAGCAGAAACUAGCAGAAUUUCCAGACAAUUUAAAGGUCUUCCCGUUCCCCGACGUGCUGGAGUGUUGCCUUGUACUCCUUCACACUGGAUCCCAGUGCCCUCCUGAUCUACACGAGCAGGCAUUGGAUCUCUUUAGGAAACACGGUAGCGCUGAUGUUUACAAAAAGGCUGGCAGGAGGUUCUUGACAUGA